AUGAUUGUCAAUUUGACGAAACAAGUGGCACAGUUAGCAAAGUUAAAGGACGUUGAGGUCGCUGUGGAGGAAGAAAAGACAUCGACAACUCCUACGUCACAGGUGGUUUUACCCCCAUUCCUUGCCAAGCCACCUCACUCUGAGCAUCACCCUGCUAACCCUCUCCGUUAUUCUGACGGUCAACUUAAUCUUCACAAGAUUCACCGCGUCUGCUAUGCUGACGACCGUGAGAAAGCUAUCCAUGGAAUUUGGUCAGCCGUGGUACUACCAUCUCAGAUAGACGAAAGAGCCGAACAUUCAGCCAAAAAUAAGGUCGUCAUCCCACAAGCACUUGGAAUACACAGAGCCGACGAGAAGAUAUUUGAAAAGCUUGAGGCCAUUCAGAUAAACCUUCAAACAGCUCUUGUUCCUUACCACCUUUGGGCGGCUCGAGUAUCUCUCGAACUCGAUGGAGAUUUCAAGCACGUAGCAAUUUGGGCUCAGGCUCAUUCACCAUCUUGGGUCCUUUUCGCCGAAGCAAUUAUUACUGUCCUUCGGUCUCACAAAAAACUAGAUGCUACAAUAACGUUAUUCUCUUCAAUGUUGCCAGGAAAGGAAGAGUCUUACAUCGGAUUUGCUUGGAGGCUUCGUCAAGCAUUCUAUCGAUUGCCACCAUUUCAGCAAGACACAUCUUCGAUCCGCAGCAUCCUCAUCAGCAAAAUUCAACAAUAUAUGUCUCGUGUCUGGUCUUCCAUGCAAGAUGUGCAUCACUCUUACACGGGGGUGAUAUGA